AUGUUGACAAUUACAAUCAAGCAGUCACCUUUCAGAUACGCGAUAUGGCUAUUCUUGUGUAUGCUUUCAAGAACUGUCUUGUGGUCUUUGAUUGUUGUAAUCUAUUACAAUGAAAGAACCGGAGAGAACUAUAAUUUCAAUGCAGCAGAUUAUUAUGUUAGAGACAACUUCGAAAACCUUAUGUGGUGUGAUCUUUUCACAUCAUUUCAUGUGAUUCUCGCAUGCUCCAUGUUGUGUUUCUCAUCUACAAAAUGCGCAAAAAGAUAUAUGAUUUUUUUUCACAUUCAGAUAAUUAUGGCAAUUAGUAUGACAGUUUAUUCCUAUUUCCCAUUAAUCACUGGUGUCGAAGCAGGCGCGGUCAACUUUCAUCAGAAGCAGUUUUUCACAGCACACCUUCGAUACACUCUUUAUUACCCAGCCCUAUUAAUCAACUACCUCGUUUGCACAUACUUCUUCCGAAAAGCUGUAGUUCCAUAUCCACCAGCUAAAAUAUCGUUUCAUACUACCAAAAAAUACUUAUCUAGCAAUUUAGCUGCUGGUCACCAUUUAGGAAACAACAUUUUUGAGUUGGCCGCUUUGUAUGGAUUAUCGAAACGGUUGAAGAGGAUUCCUUUGUUUUUCAUUGAAACCGAUUAUCAUCUGCGGAUGAAAGGAUACGUGGAGAAUGUGAUGCCUGGGUUGAUGGCACAGUUUUUAGUGGUCAAUGGGAGUAGCUGGAAAUACUUCCACGACAUGCGAGUUACUCUCAGAGAUUUUCUCGCUUUUCCAGACUUCGGAAAAUUUGAAAAUCUACCGAAAUCUGAUGAAAACACUCAUGUAACUUGUGUACAUACGAGACGAAGUGACUUCAUUGAGAAGGGAUUCUACUCUUCUGAUCCCAUUUUUAUCAGAAAUGCGGUGACUUAUCUGAAUGAGAAAAGCGCAAAUGACAAAACGAAGAGUCGAAAAUUUGUUAUUUUCGGAGAUGAUCAGCAGUUUAUGAAGUCAAUUUUCAGCGAUAAUCUUCAAAAAUCACAGACAGAUUACUUUGUAUCAGAAAACCAGCCGUCUGAUGACCUGAUAUAUUCUAAAUACAACUGUGAUAGAGUGCUAAUUAGUGCUUCUCGCUCCACUUUUGGUUUCUGGAUGGGCUAUUUGUCCAAAGGAAAUGCAGUAUACCAUAUGGAUAUCACUCACGAAAACAAGGAGUUUUAUAGAUCUCACUCUUUCAAUUCCAAUGAUUUCUUCCCUCUUUCUUGGAUUACAUUGGACUUUGCAAGUGCUGAUAACAAAACAGUUGUUGAGAGAUAA